AUGACAAGCACGAGCGCUGACCGUAGCGAUGACUCGGAACGUGCUUGCUCGCUAAUCAUGUCGCGUGAGCGAGUUCAGAGCACUCAUUGGUUCCCAACUGCCCAGAUAAAGGUCCCAACGGAGCACAAGGCGAGGUUCCUCGUCAUCCUCCCUCUCGAAGUCUCAAUUCCAAGCUCCCAUCAGUCUCGUUCGUCAGACAACUUUGCAUACUAUUGA